UUAGGCCAAUUGUAAACACCACGUAGCUUCUAAAAAUCGCGGACACGUAGCUCGAGAGAGAUACGGAACUACGGUCGGAGAAAGAACUAAAAGCUUCUUUAACCACACAGAGAUUGACACGUCAUAGUUUCUAGAGACUGUAAUCCAAGAAAUACCACGUCACCACACCCAACGAACUUGCGUUAGAUACGUUCCACUGCCACGUCACAUGCCAAUUGAUAUUUUACUCACGUUUCUCAAACCUCUCUUCUUUUGGUACUCUUGAAACUUCACAUAUUCAACACAUUUUCUUCUUUUUUUGGUUACUUUAAAAAUUAAUAAAUAACCAAAUCAAAUCAAAUCAAAACAGGUUUUCAUUUGGUUAUCAACUUUUAAAAGAAAUUCACGUGUACACACAAGAACAUAUUUACGUUAUUAUAUUCAUAAUAAUAAGCGUUGGUAGAUAAACUCGAUGUUACCAAAAGUAUACACUAUCUAAUCCACCCAUUAUAUAUAAAGCCUUGUGUUGAAUAGCAGCAGUGUAAAAAAGCAAAAACUACACAAAACAUAUACAAACCUUUUUUAAGUAUUCUCUAGUCUUGUCCAAAUGGAAUGGACUAGAGGAAGAAUCCUAGGCCGUGGCUCAACAGCCACCGUCUUCGCCGCAACACGUCACAACUCAAACGAAAUCCUCGCCGUCAAAUCCUCCGAGCUUCACCGAUCAGAGUUCUUACAAAGAGAGGCAGAGAUCCUCUCGUCGUUGAGUUCUCCCUAUGUGAUCGGAUACAGAGGAUCAGAAACCAAGAGGGAGCUAAACGGCGUCGUCACGUAUAACCUUGUGAUGGAGUACGCGCCGUACGGAACGUUGACCGACGCGGCGGCGAAGAACGGAGGCGGGCUCGAGGAAGCUAUGAUCGUGAAGUACACGCGAGAGAUGCUACGAGGGUUGGAGUAUAUUCACUCGCGGGGUGUCGCGCAUUGCGAUGUGAAGGGGAGUAACGUGGUUGUUGGGGAGAAGGGUGAGGCCAAGAUUGUUGAUUUCGGGUGUGCGAAACGGGUCGACCCGGAAGUUGAGUCGGAGCCGGUGGUGGGAACGCCGGCGUUUAUGGCUCCGGAGGUGGCGCGUGGGGAGAAACAGGGGAGGGAGAGUGAUAUAUGGGCGGUUGGGUGUACGGUGAUUGAGAUGGCCACUGGGUCUCCGCCGUGGACGGAGGCGAGUUCGGGUGAGAGUCCGGUUUCAGUUCUUUAUCGGGUCGGGUAUUCCGGUGAGGCUCCGGAGCUUCCUUGUUUGCUUACGGAAGAAGCGAAGGACUUCUUGGAGAAGUGUUUCAAGAGAGAAGCGAAAGAGAGAUGGACGGCGACGCAACUCCUAAACCAUCCGUUUUUGAUAACUAAACCGAACACUGAACCGGUUUCCGGUUUGGUUUCGAGCUCACCGACAAGUGUGAUAGAUCAAACGUUUUGGACAUCGGGGGGUGAAGAAGAAGAAACAGAGGAAUUACAGGAGGAUUCAAGAAAUCUAGACCGUUUAAACUUGUGGGCUUGUCAUUCGGAGAGGAUCGGACGGUUGAGAUGUGUUGGUGGGUUGGAUGGGUCCAGAUUGGAUAUGGAAGGUGGGGGCUGGAUCACGGUGAGGGUGAGUUGUGAAGGAACAAUGGUUGGUGGGUCACAUGAGGAAAAUAUAUUGGGGGAUGGGGGGACUGUAAAUGGAUUUGGGUGUCAUUUGUGUGAACUGUAGAAAGUAUAGGGGGUUGAUAUUAGUGAAGAUCUCCAAUUUAGAUCAAUGUAGUAGCUUGUUAGUCUCCGAAUAUUCGACUGAUCACAUGUAUAUAAUUGAAAUCACCAUUUUUUCAGAAACCAAAUCCAAUUCAUCUAAGUUAGCAAAAAUAUGUUGAUUCAUAUGGAGUUUCAAGGUUGGUUGGCCUGCAUUGGAGAAAAUGAUGAACUAUUGUUAGUUGUUACAUUAAAAUCUUGUUAUCCCACGUUUUAUGACUGUUUCUAUUUGACUACUCAGUUUUAGUCGUGAGAAUAAUAUACUUUAAUUGUAAGCUUUUA